AUGCUAAAUUAUUGAUGUUCUAUUCAUGCAGAUCUGUUUAGGAAAUGGCGAAAGGGACCACAGGACGACGUAGGAAUGGUUCUCGACGAUGCAGGGCCACCCCAUACCCUUUGCCAUCUGCUAACCAUUCUGAACUUGUUCACCAAAAGAAAUGCUCUAAAAUCUUUGAGAAGAAAGACUGGGAAGAUGCAACAUGUUCUGUAUGCAUGGAAUAUCCCCAUAACGCUGUGCUUCUCCUGUGUUCCUCUCAUGACAAAGGUUGCCGCCCCUACAUGUGUGGAACUAGCUUGCGCUAUUCUAACUGCCUCGAUCAGUACAAGAAAGCCUACACUAAAGCAAUACUGCCAGAUAAUAAUCAACCUGUGCAGGGUGAUAAUGAUACUCCAACUGCUGAACCAUUUUCUACUUUGCCUUCUGAGAAAAGCGAGGUCUCAGAAGUUGCUUGCCCACUAUGUAGAGGCCAGGUGAAGGGAUGGACUGUGGUUGAACCUGCUAGAGAAUAUCUAAAUUCGAAGAAGCGUAGCUGCAUGCAGGAUGAUUGCUCGUUUGUUGGAAGCUACAAGGAGAUACGAAAACAUGUUAAGGCAGAGCACCCCUGUGCUAGACCACGUGAGGUAGAUCCUCUUCUUGAACAAAAAUGGACAAGGCUUGAGAGGGAACGAGAGAGGGAUGAUGUUAUCAGCACUAUAACUUCUUCUAUGCCAGGGGCUGUGGUUUUUGGUGAUUAUGUGAUAGAAGGAAGUCAUUAUGGUUUUGAUUCGGAUGAUGAAGAGGGUUUUGAUGCGAAUGAGAUGAUGAAUGGGAAUGAAGGUUUUGGAAUGGGCAUCGAUCGCAACUUGAUGAAUGUGUUUCUGUUUUUGCAGGCUUUUGGUUCAGCAGGGAAUAUUGGGUCAAAUCGGGUUAUGAGGCGGCACGAGAGAGACAUAAGUGAUACUUUGGAUAGAGGUGCUGGUGGAGUUGACCGAAACCUCCCAAUUGGUGGUUUUGAGUACUCUGAUGAUGACAGUGACAAUAGUGGGGACGAUAAUGAUGAUAGUGGUAUGUCACUAGUUGGGCGUCUUCGUCGUGAAGGUAGAGUCCUCUUGGGUCGCUCUGGGAGGAGACGAAGACGUAGAGAGGCCAACGCAGAUUGAUGUUUGAUACAUGGUAGAUUGUAGGAUGGCUCAGAAAUAUUGGCGGGCACUUGAAGAAAGCUCAGUUUCACUGUGAUUUGUAGUUUGUAAUUUCCUUAUUCUGUCUUUUGAACAUUUAUCUGUCAAUUCUUGUAUUAAUGCAAUUUCUGAUGUACAUUUUUCA